AUGUCAUCGGAGAUUGAGGUUGUGGAAGAAGUGGAAUCGAAAGCCAAGGAGAACGGGGAAUCGAGCUCAAUCGGGAUUGAAGAGGAGAGUUUGAGGAACGACGUGUAUACUGCGGCGGCUUAUGGUGAUUUGGAGAAGCUUCAUAGAUUGGUCGACUCUGAUGGUUGCUCUCUCUCGCACCCCGACGGCCUUGGCUACUAUGCUCUUCAAUGGGCGGCUUUGAACAACCGCACCGCCGUUGCUCAGUACAUUAUCGAGCAUGGUGGAGAUGUAAACGCUACAGAUUAUACUGGUCAGACUGCAUUACAUUGGAGUGCUGUUCGUGGUGCUAUACAAGUUGCAGAACUCCUACUCCAAGAGGGUGCAAGGGUAGAUGCAGCUGAUAUCAACGGCUAUCAGCCAACACAUGUUGCAGCACAAUACGGCCAGACUGCUUUUUUCUGUCACAUUGUCUCAAAGUGGAAUGCCGACCCUGAUGUUCCUGAUAAUGAUGGAAGAAGUCCCUUGCAUUGGGCUGCAUAUAAAGGUUAUGCAGAUUGUAUCCGUCUUCUUCUGUUUUUAGAUGCAUAUAGAGGACGACAAGACAAAGAAGGUUGUACUCCUCUGCACUGGGCUGCUAUCAGGGGUAAUUUGGAGGCAUGCACUGUCUUGGUACAGCCUGGGAAGAGAGAGGAUUUGAUGAUUACUGAUAAUACUGGGCUUAGCCCAGCACAACUUGCUGCGGAAAAGAAUCAUAGACAAGUUGCUUUUUUCCUUGGGAAUGCUCGAAGGCUACUCGAAAAACGUUGGGACGUAAACAGUCCCCUUGGAAGAAUAUCAAAGUUGGGACUUGCUCCCAUACUUUGGUUCAUGAUCCUGCUGCUUCUGCUCAUAUAUACUAGUUCUGUCAUUUUGGCAUCAAAUCUGCCAAAGUUAUCAUGUGGGUAUGGUACACUUGCAUGGCUGGGUUUCCUUCUAGCAACUGCCGGAUUAUAUAUGUUUUACCGCUGUAGCAGCAAGGAUCCCGGUUACAUCAGAAUGAACAUCCAUGAUCAGCAGAACAUGAAAGAUGAUGAACCUUUGCUUAAAGUAGAGCUGAACAAUCCUGCUUUGCUUGCUGGGAAUUGGACGCAGCUCUGUCCGUCGUGCAAGAUUGUUAGACCUCUUCGAGCUAAGCACUGUUCUACCUGUGAUCGUUGUGUAGAGCAAUUCGACCAUCACUGUCCCUGGGUAUCCAAUUGUAUUGGCAAAAAAAACAAGUGGGACUUUUUUCUUUUUCUUCUGCUGGAGGUUCUGGCCAUGCUGAUUACGGGCGGUGUUGCUCUUGCAAGAGUCUUGACUGAUCCUUUGGCUCCAUCUACGUUUGGAGCAUGGAUGAGCCAUGUUGCUACUAAGCACGUGGGGGCGUUGUUGUUUCUGGUUGUGGAAUUCUGCCUCUUUUUUUCUGUUGCUGUCUUAACUGUCAUACAAGCUUCACAGAUAUCAAGGAACAUUACAACAAAUGAAAUGGUGAAUGCACUGCGGUAUAGCUACCUUAAAGGCCCUGGUGGGCGCUUCAGAAAUCCUUACGACCGUGGUUGCAGAAGAAAUUGUUCGGAUUUCCUAGUAAAAGGUUACAACGAAGACAUUGAGUGUCGUGAAGAGGACCCAUCAAAUGGAGAAGAAGAGGAGGGAGGUAUUGGCAUGAUCCAAAUGCAGCAGAUUUCGAAGCUUCAAAACGGGAACACCAAUGAAAACGGACACAUUGCUAUUGAUGUUAACCCGAUACAGCAUUUGCAGUCGCCACAUGGAAACAUGACUGUUCAUUCUUCCAACUGCAGCCAUAAUACUAAUAGUAGUAAACAUGUGAAGUCAAAGAGUGAGAAUGUUCCAUUGGGUUUAGGCCUUGGUCUUGGUCUUGGCCGUAACCCAUCUCUACCUGUUGUACCGCCAUGA